UCGACGACAGAAGAAAGGGAGGAUCGAUCAAACCGAUCGGCGGCACCAUGGCUCGUGCGACGUGGCUGCUGGGGCUGGUGCUCGCGGCAUUGCUCGUCGUGGCGUCGCCGGCGACGGGGGAGAAGGAACAAGCCGCGUCGACGGCGAAGAAGACGUCGUCGUCGUCCGGGCCGGUGAUAGGCAUCGACCUGGGCACGACCUACUCGUGCGUGGGCGUGUACCGCAACGGGCACGUGGAGAUCAUCGCCAACGACCAGGGUAACCGCAUCACGCCGUCCUGGGUGGCCUUCCCCGACUCCGGCGAGCGCCUCAUCGGCGAGGCCGCCAAGAACCAGGCCGCCUCCAACCCCAGCCGCACCGUCUACGACGCCAAGCGUCUCAUCGGCAGGCAGUUUAGCGACGUGGAGGUGCAGAAGGACAUGAAGCAUCUGCCGUACAAGAUCGUGGAGAAGCAGGGGAAGCCGCACGUAGAGCUGGAGGUGAAGGAUGGCGACGUGCGGGUGCUGAGCCCGGAGGAGGUGAGCGCCAUGGUGCUGACGCGGAUGAAGGAGACCGCGGAGGCGUACCUGGGCCACAAGGUCCGGGACGCGGUGAUCACCAUCCCGGCCUACUUCAACGACGCGCAGCGCCAGGCCACCAAGGACGCCGGCGCCAUCGCCGGCCUCAACGUCGUCCGCCUCAUCAACGAGCCCACCGCCGCCGCCAUCGCCUACGGCCUCGACAAGAUCAACGGCGCCAACAACGACAAGGAGAAGAACAUCCUCGUGUUCGACCUCGGCGGCGGCACCUUCGACGUGAGCGUGCUCGCCAUCGACAACGGCGUCUUCGAGGUGCUCGCCACCAACGGCGACACGCACCUCGGCGGCGAGGACUUCGACCAGCGCCUCAUGGACUACCUCAUCAAGCUCGUCAAGCGCAAGCACGGCAAGGACAUUGCUGGGGACGCCCGCGCGCUCAGCAAGCUCCGGCGCGAGAGCGAGCGUGCCAAGCGGGCGCUCAGCAACCAGCACCAGGUCCGCGUCGAGGUCGAGUCGCUCUUCGACGGCGUGGACCUGUCGGAGCCACUCACCAGGGCCAGGUUCGAGGAGCUCAACUCGGACCUCUUCCGCAAGACCAUGGCGCCCGUCAAGAAGGCCAUGGCGGACGCCGGGCUCGGCAAGGGCGACAUCGACGAGAUCGUGCUCGUGGGCGGCAGCACCAGGAUCCCCAGAAUUCAGCAGCUCCUCAAGGACUACUUCAACGGCAAGGAGCCCAGCAAAGGCGUCAACCCUGACGAGGCCGUGGCGUACGGCGCCGCCGUGCAGGGGAGCAUCGUGCGCGGCGACGUGGAGCAGCAGGUGGUGGUUCUGGACGUGACGCCGCUGACGCUCGGCAUCGAGACGGCCGGGGGCGUGAUGACGAGCCUGAUCCCCCGGAACACGGUGGUGCCGACGAGGAAGACGCAGGUGUUCAGCACGUACCAGGACAGGCAGACCACGGUGAGCAUCAAGGUGUUCGAGGGCGAGAGGGGCAUGACCAAGGACAACAAGCUGCUCGGCAAGUUCGACCUGACCGGCAUCGCGCCGGCGCCCAGGGGCGUGCCGCAGAUCGAGGUGACGUUCGAGGUGGACGUCAACGGCAUCCUCCACGUCAAGGCGGCCGACAAGGGCACGGGCAAGUCGGAGAAGAUCGAGAUCACCAGCGCCGCCGACCGCCGCAUCACGCAGGAGGAGAUCGACCGCAUGGUCCGCGAGGCGGAGGAGUUCGCCGAGGAGGAUAAGAAGGUGAGGGAGAAGGUCGAUGCGCGGAACAAGCUGGAGGCGUACGUGUACAACGUCCGGACCACGGUGGAUGGCGAGGCCGGCAAGGGGAUGGACGGCGGCGACAAGGAGAGGGUCCAGGAGGCGGCGAGGGAGGCCAACGAGUGGCUCGACGCCAAUCCGGACGCUGACAAGGACGACUAUGUGGAGAAGCUCAAGGAGCUGGAGGAUGUCUGCAACUCCGUCUUCGCCGCCACUCGAGGUGGCCACGAGGACGGUGCCGAGGACGACGACCACGAUGAACUUUAAUAAACUUUAGUUUUUAUAUAUUACUAGUGAUACUAUUAACCAAGUAAGCAUGUUUUCUGUUUU